AUGUCGUCUGCUGCGGCUACAGACCCGACAACCUCGGCCACUCCUGGGCCCAAGAAGAAGAACAAUAAGAAGAAGAAGAACGCCAACAAGAACAAGGACGUUGCAUCCAAGGAUGACAAUGAAAACGAUGACGAAGUCCCCGAGUCUCCCACAGAAGAUACCCCUGGCAAUGACAACGACGCCAAAGCGACAAGCAAUGGCCAUGUAGAAACCUCAACAGAAAAUGGGCACGCUGUCCAACCUGCCGAAUCCGAAGCAAGCCCCGACACCGCUGCCAAACUCGAAGCCAUGAGCAAGGACCGCGAGGCUCUGCGCGCCGAGGUGGAGGAGCUGCGCAAGCAACUCGAGAGCUUACAGGAGACGCACGCGGCCGAGGUGACGAAGCUCCAGGACGACCUCGAGGAGAGCAACACUGCCAAGGAAACGGCCGAAGAACAAUACCAGACGCUACUUGAGCGUGUGGAAAAGAUCAAGGAGACGCUGAGCGACCGCCUGAAGCGCGACAAAGCCGAGUUGGAAGAGGCCAACAAGCGUAUCGAAGAGCUCGAGACGCAAAACGAACAACUACAGACCACCGGCGCCGGCAACAGCAAGUUGCAAGAAGAGCUGCAAGAUGCCCAGCGCGAGCUGACCACACUGCGCAGCCGCAGCAACCUGUCGACAGAAAACUGGAACAAGGAAAAGACGGAGCUCACCAAGACGGUGCAGCGCCUCAAGGAGGAGAUGGAGGCCACGGCCAACGCCAUGGGCGAGUGGGAAGUGCUUGCCAUGGAGGAGCGGUCUAUCAAGGAGAACUUGUCGGAAAAGGUGACGGACCUCGAGGAGCAAAUCACAUCAUUAAAGCAGGGCUACGAGAGCGCUGCAGCAGAGCGCGACAGUCAGACUACGCUUAUUGAUAAUCUACAAAACGCCCUACGCGAGAUCCAGGAGGCACGCAAGAAGGAACUGCGCGACAUGGUGGAAUCGACAGAGGCCCAGCUGCAAGCACACAAAAAGGCUGUGGCAGAUGCCGAAUCGCGGUCGUCCGAGGCCGAAGCUGCUCGCGAAGAGCUGGCCAAGGAAGUCGAGCGAACAGCGCCGUUUGAAAAGGAAGUCAAGGAGAAGAACCUGCAUAUUGGCAAGUUGCGGCACGAGGCCAUUAUAUUAAACGACCACCUUACCAAGGCGCUGAGGUUCCUGAAGAAGUCCAAGCCCGAAGAAAACGUUGACCGACAAGUCGUAACGAACCAUUUACUACACUUCCUCACGCUGGACCGCAGCGACGCCAAGCGCUUCCAAGUACUGCAAGUCAUGGCCGGCUACCUCAACUGGACCGACGAGCAGCGCGAGCAAGCCGGUCUAUCACGGCCAGGUCUUUCUGGAUCGUUGCGUCUGCCAUCAUCGCCGUUCCAUCGCACACCUAGCUCGCCGUCACUAAGUGCCGACUUGUUCACGGACCCAGGGCCCACGGCCAAGGACAAGGAGACGCUGUCGGAGCUUUGGGCAGGUUUCCUGGAGCGCAGUGCGCAAGAGGGCAACCCGAUUGAGACGGGCACGGCCGGUGAUAGAAAGCUGAGUGUCGCUAGUCCGACGACAGAGCGGCCGCAAAGUAGAGCAUAA